AUGAAGUGUGUGGUGUUGUUAUCCCUGGCUUUUGCUGGAAUUUCGCUGGCAACGCCAGUUUAUCGCCGCAGUGGGGUUGCGCACUGUGGCGUGAACACUGGAGGCGACAUCAACGUAAGCUCGGCAGCUGAGCAAGCACGAAACGCGCCAACCGAUGACCAUGGACGCAGCUAUCCGCACCAAUUCAAGAACUACGAAGGCCUACCAAUGUCGAACGCUUGCAGCGGUGCAUCCAUGAUGCUGGAACUGCCUGUAUUUGCUGACGGGCACGCGUACAACAUUGCGCACGGUGAGAAGCCUGGUGCCGCCCGGGUGAUUUAUUCGGCCGAUGAUCAUUCACUUUGUGCUAUCGUUGCCCACGAUAGCAAUGACUCGAACUUCCAUCUGUGCUCUUACUAA